AUGGACCGAGACAGUCAUUCUACUGGCACUAACUCCGAAGCUCUACGACGGUUGACUAUCAUUUCCAUUCGUAAUGUUACAAGACCUCCCUGCCCUUCUCAAUUAUAUCCCGUCCCUGAGAACUCAGCAAUCAACGAGGAGAUGGGUCAACAAUACGAUGCACCGGGAGAUACUGGAAGACCCCAAGUCCAUCCAGGACGUCCAGGAACUCACCCGAUCGAUGCCAACGGCCCCGGCGGCCCCGGCGACCGUUGCAACGAGUCCGGCGACCAUCCCGACGCAACCACAGGUGCCCCUGACCACGCCGGCACUCCCCCUGAGAACCCCAGCCUCUCAGCAACUCCCACGAACAAUCCCGGCGCCGAGACAACAGGACCCCAUUUCCCAGAUGGGACCGGCACGUGA